AUUUCUCACUUUUCUCGAAUUUCUUUCCUCAUUUCCCCCAUUCCUUCUUCAACCGCCAUGGCUUCAAUCUUUCGAGCUUUCUCAAACCCUAACCCUAACCCUAAUGCUGAAACCAAACCGAAGGAAAAGACGAUCGACCUCGGCAACGGCAGCGAAGUCAUCUACGUCCCUCGAUUCGUGCCCUCGGAUCAAGCGUGGGGGUGGUUCGAGUAUCUCGACAAAGAGAUUCCUUGGACUCGGCCUCUGAUUCACGUUUUUGGGAGAACUUGCCUUCAGCCGAGAGAUACAUGCUAUGUUGCUAGUGAAGGGCUAUCAGAAUUAAAAUACAGCGGGUAUCAACCUCAGGCUUAUUCUUGGGAUGAUUACCCUGUGCUUAAAGACAUAUUGGCAAUGGUUCAUGAAGCAGUUUCAGGAAGUAAAUUUAAUAGCUUGCUCUUGAACCGGUACAAGAACGGUGCAGACUAUGUUGCUUGGCAUUCUGAUGAUGAGAAAUUAUAUGGGCUGACUCCUGAAAUUGCAUCAUUGUCUUUUGGAUGCGAGCGAGAAUUCCAGCUGAGGAGGAAACCCAUCAAAACCCAACAAGCUUCUGUUGCGAUUGCAGGUAAUAAAGGUCCAGAACAACCAGCAGUGAAGCGACCAAAAAGCAGCCACCAAGAUCAGCAUUCAUUCAGUCUGAAACAUGGCUCUUUGUUGGUGAUGAAAGGCUAUACUCAGCGAGAUUGGGUACAUUCGGUACCUAAACGAGCAAAAGCAAGUACUGGUCGGAUUAAUCUCACCUUCAGGCAUGUAAUGACAGAAAACCCACAAGAUAACGAAUAAGUUUCUGACAAAGAAGAGAACGGAAAGAUGCAAGGAUGGGGAUUUGGGAUUGGUGCUGAGUUUUCUCGAUGUAACAUCUGCAGCUCACCAGUUUACGUCAAGCUGUAGGAUCAAGGUCAUCAUUUCCCUUAUGCUUCUCAAAGUUUAUCUUUUCUUGUUUGUAGAUAAGCUCAAUGAAGUGUAAUAUGACUAGAAACCGCGGGUCUAUAUAUUUGUGAUCAUGAAUAUCUGAAUGACAUUAAAAGUGAAUUAGUGUGUAUAA